AUGUCGGACGAAAUCACGUUCUCUUUGUCAGCUCUGAUAGAUAAAGAGAGCAGAAAAGUAAUAUUUGCCGAAGCAGACAGCGAUCUCGUAGAUAUUCUGUUCAGCUUCCUGACCCUGCCAUUGGGAAGGAUUUUGAUGGUUCUCAAUCGGCAAAACGGGAAAAAGGCACCUGUGAUCGGGAGCUUAACUACUUUGCACAAGGGGUUAUUUCCUUUUUUUCAGCACUACCACGAGUGGAGGGAUACUAAGGGUGAUCACACUCUCGCAGCAGAGUAUAAGUUGAAGCUCCGAGUUGGUUACACCAUGCCACGGACGAACAUGAUUAACAACUCGAGUAACAGACCUCGAUGUGCAGAUCUGGCAAUGGACGAUCCUUUUGCAGAUGAUGGAGGUUUCACGGUAAAAUCAGCCCGUUUCAGAAUUACGGAUGAUCUGAAGAUUGAGCCUUUUUUGCCAGGAACUGUUCUACAAAGCUUAAUAGAUGUUGGCAUUACAGAGACACACCAGGCCGAGCUAAGGACCUUGACUCUCGGAUACAAUGAGAUUAUAGAUUUACUUGAGGGGUCUUUACUCUCCAAAACUCCUCUGACAGACCUGAUUUUGCGCAACGAACGAUGCAUAAGGGAUAGUUUUAUGUGUCUAGAGAAAAUAUCACUGCAAGUUGAGCACGAGGUAAAGGAAAGAAACCCAUCAGAAUCCAGCAUGACCGUGAAAGCCAUGAUACAGAAAUCAACAAACAAGAUAGUGUUUGUUGAGGCUGGGUGUGAUUUUGUAAAUUUUCUCUCUGAAUUCCUCUUCAGCACAUUAGGAUGCGUUGAGCGUGCCUUGGGCAAUAAUACUGGUCUCCACUGUAUAGACAGUUUGUACAGAAGCAUAUCAAAUAUCGAUGGUGAUAAAUAUUUCAAAAAUAAAUAUGACGAUGACGAAUGUAUCGAAAUGAAACCCAUCUUGCUGAAUGCGUCCUCUUUUUUUAGAUUCCCCUACGGAACCAGAGUUGUAAAGCAAAACUCAAUCUACAAUGUAACUGAUGAUCUAACAGUCACGCCUUUCAACAUUACCUCCAGCUUCUCUAUUCUAAGCCGGCUUAAAAUCCCUUUAUCUGAUGUAGAUGAGGUGGACCUUGUGGUGGGUCACGAUGAGGCUUUAAGAAUCUUGAAGGCAUCUCUUACGUCAACCAGUGCUCUUACGGAUGCCCUAAUAAAUUCUAUCUGA